AGCCAUGAAAGUUGAGUGAACGGUCAUUAAGUGAAACCGAAUAUUUCGGGACUGGAGGACUGCAAGAGGAACUGGUUCUGUGUUGUCGGAUGUCUAUUUGUUUGGUUUCCGGAAGUUGGGUGCUUCUUGUGUUCGGAAUGUUGGAAUGAUCGGGGGUCCCCGCACCGCUGCCUUCCAGCCAAAUUGUACGAAGAAACGGUGACUCACAACACCACACCGGGUUCCAGCAACAAUCACCAUGGUACCGUGAAACAAACCGACGCCGUAUCGAAGGACAAUCAUAAUUGAGAGUUACCUGUGCUGCGGCAGUUACCUUGCUCCGGUAGUUGGACGGUUGCGGUGGUCAACAGAGUCCGCAGAAUCAAUGAACUUCGUCGAUUGUGGAACCACAUUCGAUUAUUAUAGUCGAAUGGUGAAGAAUUGUCAAUAUUUUCGGUGCAAAUAGUGUUAUGUGCUGCUGGAUGUUUGGACAGUAGUUUCACUGGUGAAUACGGAAGUUGAAGAUGCAUAAUUUGUAUCCGAACGUUGGCGAACACUAUGUGCUGCGAAACGAGAACACCUUGUGCUACGAGAACAAGGCCAUGGCCAAUGCCAUGAUAGCCGAUCAGCUCCCUACACCACAUCAUACGAUAGUUUCAACCGGAGAUUGCGAAAAACCCAAGCAGAACCCCGCAACUGUCAGCUGUCGGAAAUUUUGGCCACGGAGUCUGCGCUUCACCGUUUAUGUCGAUGUUUUGACAACCAUUGUCUUCUUUGUGAUAUUCGUCUCGAUAGAACUGGGAGUGAUCCCUCAAAGAAAACUAGGAUUCAGAUGUAAGGACCCGUCAAUUUCGUACCCCUACACCGGUGACACCAUCACGCUGACAAUACUGCUUCUGGGCACGUAUUUCGGACCUCUUCUUCUCAUCAUCUUCAUCGAGAUCGUUAGAGAAAAAUCCCUGAAGGACAUCCGGAUCGGGGUCGUCUGGGACCAUUACAAGGAGCUACUGAUAGGUGUCAGUUUCGUGAUUAUGAUCACGGAAGUGGCCAAGGCCAUGCUGGGCGAGCACAGGCCGCACUUUUUUGACGUUUGCCGUCCGGACGCCAAUGAGGGAUGCACGGAAGGAGCAUUCAUCGAAGAUUAUACGUGUACGAACAAAGAGUACAGUAGUUGGCUAAUAAGUGACGCUUCCAAGUCUUUUCCUUCGGGACAUUCCUCGAUAUCUGUUUUCGCUUCCUUAUUCACCGCUUAUGUCAUCCAAACACGCUUACCUUCUGCCGCUACCGGAAGACUUUUCAAACCAUUUCUCAUAGCUGUCUGUUUAUCCUGGGGUAUUUUGUGUUCUCUUUCUCGAAUAGCCGAUAGAAGGCACCACUGGUGGGACGUACUCUCAGGGACCGUUCUAGGCAUACUGGGUGUGAUAUUCUUCACCACAAUCUUCCAUCAGAAGCAGAAGAACAAAUUACACAGGGCUUCCGAAAAGUCCAUAUCGUCUACGAUGCUGCUGGAUGUGAAAAAUAAAACUGCAGCGAGCGCGAGAGUUUGAUAGUGAAUUUUUUUAUCAGUGAACAAAGUGCGGGUGAUAAUUUUCAUUCCUUGAGAUGGAAUGGAGAUAUAACUGCUUCAGAUGGAAGUAGGUGACUGGGAACCCUGGAUAUUUAUGAACGAAAAUAGCAACAGAUCAAAUGGACACAAAUGCUUCCUUUUUUCUUUCUAUUGUUAGGACAUGGUUGAAUAUCACAUUGGUAUUUGUGUUCAUAGUUUUAAAAAUCUCGAUCUAUCGGAAAAUACGCUUGCGAAUGAAUUAUUGAGCUUGAUAUCGGUGGUUGAGAAUUCCGAAAUGUAUAUAAUAUAGAUUCUCCUAUAUUAUUAGACGAAAACUUUUUGAAGUUUUUUGUUGUUCUUCGUUUAUGUUGUAUCUACAAUUCGUUUCUUGGUUUUUUUAACAUGUGAUUUUCCCGAUUACGAAUGUUCUUCCAUAAUCGAAACUAUAUUUUUUUUUGUGAAUUUGAUUCGAAGUUUUCGGCGAGGUUUCGAAGUUCGACUUUAUACUCAGUAUUAGUUUGUUGAAGUAUUGUUUAAGUUAAUGAUAUGAUUGAGAUAUUUAUUCCAGUGAUGUACAUAUUUGAUAUAAUAAAGGAAUUCCUGAUGA